AUUUGAAAGUCGAUAUUCAACAUUUGGGCGAGAUGUCCGCCGAAAACUUGGAAAAAACAUUGAAAAAAAGCCUUAAAUUAUCUAUAGAAGUUGAUAACGAAUCGUUAAAUGAAAUAUGCGAUGAGUUGAAUUGUCUAUUAUGCGAAUAUAAAAGUAGAAUUCCCUUCGUUCAAGAAUAUAUGACCCACUUACUACAAAAGCAUAGAAUAAUUAUUACUAAUUAUGAACGUAUACCUUAUUUACCAUGGUAUUUAAUCUUUUGGAGAAAGCAAUUAAAAAUCAACUCUAUCGAUAAGUUAUGCAAUUUGGAUACUAUGGUUGACAGCUCCCAAGCUUACAUACUUAGUGAGGACAUGCCCUUGGAUAAAGAACUGAGAUUAUCCCUUCAAUCACAACAUCUGAAAACUGCAAUAAAGCAUUUAGAAGAGGAGAGUAAAGAUAAAUCAUUCUCCCACAUGUGCUUGUUUUGUAAAUAUGAAUUACAUAAUUCGAAUCCAGCCGAUUUACUAAAUCAUAUGUCAAAAUAUCAUCAUUUAAAUAUUGGCCUUCCCCAAAACAUAGUAUAUAAAAGAGAGAUGAUUAUGGCCCUACAAAAGAAAUUGGAUAAUUUAAAUUGUUUAUAUUGUAAUAGAACAUUCAAGGAUCGCAAUUGCCUAAAAGAUCAUAUGAGGAAAAAAAACCAUAAAAGACUUAAUUCGAAUAGUACUGAAUGGGAUAAAUAUUAUAUUAUUAAUUAUUUAGAAAUUGAUCAAAAUUGGAAGAGUCUUAAGAACAUAAGUGAUGAUAAUAUAAGCGAAGAAAGUGAUCAUGAUGAAAAUUGGGAUGACUGGAAAGAAGAUGAUUACGAAAACAAUGUUAACGCUGUAUGCUUGAUUUGCCCUUUUAAACAAAUUAAUGGAAAUUUAGUAUUACAUCAUAUGGAGAAUGAACAUAAUAUAAAAUUAACAAAGUUUCGUCAUCAAGAUAAGACAAUUUUAAAUUUCUAUGAAAGAGUUAAACUGGUCAACUAUAUAAGAAGACAAAUAACGGUGAAAACUUGUCCAUUCUGCCUAAACAAGUUGAAGGAUUCUACAGACUUUGAAAAUGAAAUUGACAAUCAUUCUAAGAGUUGCCUUAAAUGGAUAGAAAGUAAUCUAGAUGAAAAUUUGUGGAAUCAACCCCAAUAUUACUUUUCUACUUACGAUGAUGAUCUACUGUUGUGUAGUUUGGAUAGCGAAGAUGAUUCUCCAACAACGGCUAAUAAUCAAGUUAUAGCCGAAGAUCUCGUCGAUAUUACCGACUCUGUACUGAAUAUACAAACGCAAGAAAACUUGCUACUCAAUUAA